UCUUCUCUGUCCCCCUCUAGGCUCUAGUCAAUAUUUCCUUUUUUUUUCUUUUCGAAAUUUUAAUCUUUUUAAAAAGAAAAAGUUAUUAUUGAUUGCUCCAAAGACUUUUGUUGUAGCAGCAGCAAUAGCCAAAAAAAAAAAAAACGCGAUUUUUCUGGGUUUUCGCCGAUGUUAGAUUUGCAGCCGUCAGAUCGGCGUCACGGAGCUCCGAGUUCUAGUGGUGGCGGUGGAGAUGAGCUGAUCAGAACUUAUAAAGGGUGGAAAGGCAAUAACGUGUUCUUCUUUGGAGGAAGGCUUGUGUUCGGACCUGAUGCUCGGUCUAUUCUAAUCACCAUCUUCUUGAUUACAGCUCCCGUUAUUGUAUUCUGUGUAUUUGUUGGCAGAAAGUUUAUUGAUGACUUCCCUCACCAUAGAGGAGUAUCAGUACUAGCUGUUGCUAUUGGUCUGAUUUUAUUAGAUCUAAUAUUUCUUCUUUUAACCUCGGCGAGAGACCCAGGAAUAAUACCACGUAAUCUGUAUCCUCCUGAACCAGAGGGUAAUGAAGGCAAUGCAGAACCACGUCUUGCUCAUACUCCUCAGAGUCGGUUGCCUCGGACAAAGGAUAUGAUUGUAAAUGGAAUUACUGUGAAGAUCAAAUACUGUGACACAUGCAUGCUUUACAGACCUCCCCGUGCUUCUCAUUGCUCGAUAUGCAAUAACUGUGUUGAGAAGUUUGAUCACCACUGUCCUUGGCUUGGUCAGUGCAUUGGAUUGAGAAACUAUAGGUUCUACUUCAUGUUUGUGCUGUGCUCAACUCUUCUCUGCAUUUAUGUCCAUGUAUUUUGCUGGAUCUAUGUCAUGCGCAUAAUGCAUGGUGAAGACAUAAACAUCUGGAAAUCUUUUCUCAAGACUCCUGCCUCCAUCGCUCUGAUAAUCUACACUUUCAUCUGCGUCUGGUUUGUUGGUGGGCUUACUUGUUUCCACUUGUACCUGAUGAGUACCAAUCAGUCAACUUACGAAAACUUUAGGUAUCGGUAUGAUAGACAUGAGAACCCCUUCAACAAAGGAAUAGUAGGGAAUUUCAUGGAAGUAUUCUGCACAAAUGUUGCCAUAUCUCAGAACAGUUUCAGAGCAAAGGUUUCAAAGGAGCCAGCAAUCCCACCAAGGACAGUAAACGGAGGUAUGUCAAGCCCAAGCUUACAGAAAGUUUCCCACGACAUAGAGAUGGGAAGAAAACCAGUUUGGCACGAGACAGUUGAAGAAGAACUUGGUGACAUGGACAAGGACAUGGAAACAGCAGUUACAUCACGGGAUUUGAGCAGAAUGCUUCCACCAGAAGAUUCUGAAGGACGCGAUAUCAUGCAUUCGAGAGAGUCAAGCAGGGGACGGGGGAUUAUGCAUUCGAGAGAGUCGAGCAGAGGAAGAAGAGGAGGGAGUUGGGAAUUGUCAAGCCGUAUUAACGAAGAUUUAAGAACAAGGGACGAGUCUGUGUCGAGAAGAGUUGGUGAAGACAGCUCAGAGUCUUCAGACAAUGAUGCUUCCAGAGAUUUACAUGUUGAGAUAUAUGAUGCAAUAUCAAGUAGAGGCAGAACUGGAACUGGUAUAGGACAGUUGUAGUCUCUGGAUUAAGCCAAUUUUCACUAUAAAAAAAAGGUUAAGAAAAAAAGUAAGAAGGAAUCAAGGAAACCCAAGAUUGUGAUUCAAGUUUGUUUGUUUAUUUUCCUUGUAACGUGUUUGUGUAAAAUGUUCAAAGGAUAAAUGCUAUUAAAUUUCUGGUAAAAUGAAACAACUGGAACA